GUCCGACAAGCCCACGGACGCAGUCAGAUACUGGAUAGAGAGAGAGCGUGAGCAAGGGGAAAUACGGAAGCAUGACCAUCAUGGACGACUCCCCAGGUCCAUCCAACAAGCCACUCAACGCUUUCGUUUCCUUCCCCUCUCCCUACACUCAAACACUCAUCAUCAAAGCUCUCGUCGCUCUGAUCCCAUCUCUCAAACUAUCUCUGGUUCCUCCUGACGAAGACGACCCGCCAGAGCUUCAAUGGGCAGAUUAUGACCUACUCUCUUUUACCACCCCUCAUUCUCACCCGAGAACACACCUCAUAUCCUCCUACAUCUACCGCAAGGCUCUUAUAAGGAAACAUCAACUUCACAAGACGAUCGAAGAAUAUCUCGUGAAAUGUCGAUAUCGAGGGCGGAGGAGCGUGUUGGAGGAUGCGACACCUAGAGGUUGGGUGGCGGAGUUACAGUUCGCCGAUGAGCUGGAUGAGAUGUUGGUGGAUGAAUUAGGGGAGUUGAGAGAGGAAAUGGAGAAGAAUUGUGUUUCAGAGGGAGUAGAGAAGAAAUGGUGGAUCUUGAAACCUGGAUUCGCGGAUCGUGCACAGGGAAUCAGGUUAUUUUCGACGGAAGAGGAAUUACGUGCUAUCUUUGAAGGUUUCGAGGAUGACGAGACUGAGAGUGAUCUUGAUGAGGAUGGGGAUGGUGUGGAAGACGAAGAACUGGAUCGGCUGGCAGCUAAGAUAGCUGAAACUCAAAUAGAGGAAGAAGCUACAGGUACAGGUGUAUCAACCUCCCAAUUAAGGCAUUUCGUCAUUCAGGAAUACAUCCCUGAUCCCAUCUUGUUCGAUAUCUCUCAACUGGCUCAUCAACCACUGUCGUCCGAUGCUGUAGGGCACAAGUUUCACCUCCGAGCAUAUGUCCUCGUAACAGGUAGCUAUACCGUCCAUCUAUCUCGCACUAUGCUAGCGCUAUUCUCUGGUUCUCCAUACACCCUACCUUCAUCCAGGCAAGGGCAAGAACUAGACUUGAGGCCUCAUCUAACGAACACAUGUCUUCAAACUGACGCUUGGGGGGCUCCUGCUCCUCCUGAAGAGCUGGUCAAGCUCUUCUGGGAAUUGGAAGGUCUGGAUGCCCUGUCAUAUGACUCGAAGUACCGGUCCAGAGGCAGGAUCACACAAUCUUGGUUGGAAGAUACAUUCUGCCAAGUGGGGGAGGUCAUUGGGGAGAGCGUCAAAGCCGGGGCAGAAUGCGGAUCUUUCGGCUUACAGUUGAUACCGAACGCUUUCGAGAUCUUCGGUGUGGAUCUUCUAAUGUCGUUUCCCCACUCCGAUAACGGAGACUUGCCGAUUCCCCGGAUUACGCUUCUGGAAUACAACGCCUCACCCGAUUUCCACCAAACCGGACAGAGACUUCAACCUUUGUUGGGGGAUAUGUUCAAGGGGGUGGUGAAGAUCAGUGUCGCACCGUUCUUCAAUUUGCGAAUUGAUGAUGCCGACGAAGACCAAGGUGCAUGGACAGUGGGAGAAGAGAAGUGGGGUUGGCGAUUGGUUGGGAAAGGGGAAAUCCGAGGGGGCCCAUAGCGCUAUGACGGCCAUAACUUGACUUGUAGCAGAAGCAGGUGACUGACCGGCGGCCGGCGGCUGUGAAAAGAGUCUUGGCGUUUCCGAUCUCGGAGGCGGAUAGGCGGCGAUGUCCGUCGAUGCCACGCAUGCGGUGCGGAUCACACACAACCAUCGUCAUCACAACUCCUCUCUCUCUCUUCAACCUUUUCACCCAGGUGCAAACUCUGUGUUCGUUCACCUUUAUACUAUCACAUCACUCAUUUCACCACUCUAAAUUACGCCUCACAGCACUCUUUAUCUACUCUUCCACCUUAAAUGAACGAAGAUAACCCUUCUGAACCUCCACCGCCCAAUAUACGACCCUUCGGUCGUUCCAAGUAUCAUGUUAACACCGUAAGCCAUCACAGAGCUUCACUACCUUCAAAGUCUGUCGAAAACCUCGACACUUCUCACCAGCCUAAGACAUCACUGAAGGGUGUCACUACAUCCAUCAAUCACACCAGAACAUUCUUCACUCCCUUCCUUUGUCUUGUGAUCUUUCUAGCCUUCGCCCCACCUGCCGCCGCUCAUCAUGUCGACUUCAACGUCGAUCCCUUCACUUCUCCCCCAGACAUCAAUAGCAAUCUACGACAUACGCCCAUUCUAUCCGCCAUAGGUUUUCUGUUCAAGUAUGCCUUCAAUACCAUACAAAAUGUGACAGGGCACGAUCUUGCCUCCAAUAUGGUGAUGGUGAAGCGGAAGCUCGACACUACGGGUAUCGUAGAGGCCUGUAUGAUUCCCGUACUCGUCGCUCUGUCUGGUGUAUUUGCUGGAUUGACUCUUGGGUACUUCUCGGUCGACCCAACUCAAUUGCAAGUAUUGAGCAUCAGUGGGACGCCCAAACAACAAGAUUAUGCCAAACGUAUUCUACCUGUCCGAAAGGACUCUCAUUUGUUGCUCACGACGCUCAUCUUGGGCAAUAUGAUCGUCAAUGAGGCCCUACCGGUGGUCAUGGAUGGUGUCAUUGGAGGCGGAAUCGCCGCCGUAGCACUCAGUACCGUCCUU